GUGGGGAGGGGAAGGCUCCCGCCGGGCCCCGGCGCAAGUCUGCGCGGAGCGGAGCCCAACUCUAGCCGCCAUGACGUCACGCGGGUUGGGCAGCCAAUGAGGACCGCGCUGGCAUGGAUAUUAAGGAAAGUUAGCGCCUGCCUGAGCACCCUCUUUUCUUAUCAUUGACAUUUAAACUCUGGGGCAGGUCCUCGCGUAGAAAGCGGCUGUCAGAUCUGCCACUUCCCCUGCCGAGCGGCGGUGAGACGUGUGGGAACCCGCGCCGCCAGGCUCACCUGCCUCCCCGCCCUCCGCUCCCAGGGAUCUGAGAAUUGCUCUCACACACCAAACCAGCAGCGUCCGUGGAGAAAACUCUCACCAGCAACUCCUUUAAAACACCGUCAUUGCAAACCAUUGUGGUCUUUAAGCAACAACAACAGCAAAAAAAAAAAAACCACCCCAACCAACCAAAACUCUUGACAGGAGCUUUGGACGAAAGAGGAUGCCUCAUAAAGGGGGAAGACUUUAACUAGGGGCGCGCAGAUGUGUGAGACCUUUUAUUGUAAGAGUGGACAGACUUCCCAGAUUUCAGAGCCCCAUUUUCGAGCCCCGUGGGAUCCCGCGGCCCCCAGCCAGCGCCAGCAUGCAGAACAGUCACAGCGGAGUGAAUCAGCUCGGUGGUGUCUUUGUCAACGGGCGGCCACUGCCGGACUCCACCCGGCAGAAGAUCGUAGAGCUAGCUCACAGCGGGGCCCGGCCGUGCGACAUUUCCCGAAUUCUGCAGACCCAUGCAGAUGCAAAAGUCCAAGUGCUGGACAAUCAAAACGUGUCCAACGGAUGUGUGAGUAAAAUUCUGGGCAGGUAUUACGAGACUGGCUCCAUCAGACCCAGGGCAAUCGGUGGUAGUAAACCGAGAGUAGCGACUCCAGAAGUUGUAAGCAAAAUAGCCCAGUAUAAGCGGGAGUGCCCGUCCAUCUUUGCUUGGGAAAUCCGAGACAGAUUAUUGUCCGAGGGGGUCUGUACCAACGAUAACAUACCAAGUGUGUCAUCAAUAAACAGAGUUCUUCGCAACCUGGCUAGCGAAAAGCAACAGAUGGGCGCAGACGGCAUGUAUGAUAAACUAAGGAUGUUGAACGGGCAGACCGGAAGCUGGGGUACCCGCCCCGGUUGGUAUCCGGGGACUUCUGUGCCAGGGCAACCUACACAAGAUGGCUGCCAGCAACAGGAAGGAGGGGGAGAGAAUACCAACUCUAUCAGUUCCAAUGGAGAAGAUUCAGAUGAGGCCCAAAUGCGACUUCAGCUGAAGCGGAAGCUGCAAAGAAAUAGAACAUCCUUUACCCAAGAGCAAAUUGAGGCCCUGGAGAAAGAGUUUGAGAGAACCCAUUAUCCAGAUGUGUUUGCCCGAGAAAGACUAGCGGCCAAAAUAGAUCUACCUGAAGCAAGAAUACAGGUAUGGUUUUCUAAUCGGAGGGCCAAAUGGCGAAGAGAAGAAAAACUGAGGAAUCAGAGGAGACAGGCCAGCAACACACCUAGUCACAUCCCCAUCAGCAGUAGUUUCAGCACCAGUGUCUACCAGCCAAUCCCACAACCCACCACGCCUGUUUCCUCCUUCACCUCUGGCUCCAUGUUGGGCCGGACAGACACAGCCCUCACAAACACGUACAGCGCUCUGCCACCCAUGCCCAGCUUCACCAUGGCGAAUAACCUGCCUAUGCAACCCCCAGUCCCCAGCCAGACCUCUUCGUACUCCUGCAUGCUGCCCACCAGCCCUUCGGUGAACGGGCGGAGUUAUGAUACCUACACCCCCCCACAUAUGCAGACACACAUGAACAGUCAGCCAAUGGGCACCUCGGGCACCACUUCCACAGGACUCAUUUCCCCUGGUGUGUCAGUUCCCGUUCAAGUUCCUGGAAGUGAACCUGAUAUGUCUCAAUAUUGGCCAAGAUUACAGUAAAAAAAAAAAAAAAAAAAGGAUAUAUGGUGUUAAUUCAGUCAGUGACUAUGUGGACACAGCAGUUGGGCGUUCAGGAAGGAAAGGAAAAUGGCUGUUAGAAGCACUUCAGCUCUGCAAUUGUGUCCUGUGUUGUACCACUGGGGAAUGGACUUGAAGCAAGGACCUUUGUAUACAGAAGGCACGCUAUCAGUUGGAACAAAUCUUCAUUUUGGUAUCCAAACUUUUAUUCAUUUUGGUGUAUUAUUUGUAAAUGGGCAUUUGUAUGUUAUGAAAAAAAAAAGAACAACGUAGA